CCAACAUACUCAAUAGGUUAAAGAGUUUUUUUUCCCUGGCCCUUUCUUUUUCCUCUUUCUAGUUUUUUUUUUCAACAAAAAAAAGCAUUAAAUAUUUGACCGUUUUUAUUAACGUCAAAGUGGAAUAGCCCAUCAUCUCUUUAGAAACCGUCUUUAAAACCCACUUCUCUUCUCUUUUUGUACUCGGACUAGUUGGUUGUUCUGAAGUACAGAGACCUUUUCGACCUCCGUAAUAACUAUUUUAUUCUAUAACAAACACACCUUGCCCACAUCAGAUAUGGUUAACACAACAAACACAACCGCCGCCAAUGCUAUUCCUGCAUCCGGUGAAAAUUAUUCAAUCCAAGAAGGCGCUUUUGAGGGUCCUGAAAAGCUCUUAGAAAUUUGGUUCUCUCCUUCAGCUGAACGAUUGAGAGCUCAUCAAAAUCUGUCCUCGUCUGAAGAAUCGUCAGAUACGGAUCUGGAAACAAGUGAACGAACCAAUCGUAAUACUAGAAGAAGAAGUUAUGCUGCAGUGGAAGGAAAGACCGGUCUUCGUGUCAUCCCUAAAGCUGUCUUGGAUAAAAUGUUGGCUUUAGUCAAGUGUACGGUUUUGAAUGUCAUUUCAAAUGAAUAUGUGGAUGCUUAUGUAUUGAGCGAAUCAUCCAUGUUUGUGUACCCACACAAAAUUAUCUUGAAAACGUGCGGUACUACAACCCUACUUUUAGCGGUAUCUCGACUUUUGGAAAUUGCCAAGAGUUAUUGUGGAUUUGAAAAAGUUUGGAGAGUGUUUUAUUCCAGAAAGUCAUUCUUAUUUCCUGAGCGUCAAGUCGGUCCUCAUCGUUCAUGGGAAGAAGAGGUUGCAUUCUUGGAUGGGUUUUUCGAUGCUGGAUCUUCUUACAAGAUUGGUAAGGAGACCCAAGAUCAAUGGCAUCUUUACUUGACCAAGCCUUCAGAUGAUGUUUUAAGUCACUCCGUCUCUUCUGUCGUCCCUCAUCACUUGCGUGGUGUGAUGCAAGAACAUGAAAUCCAAAGCGGAGCUUCUACACCCGUUACUUCUGAUACUGAAGAUCUCUCCCCUUUUGGUAACGCAGGCUAUUCUUUCCCCGAUCAAACUGUCGAAAUCCAUAUGACGGGUCUUAACCAAGAAAACAUGAAGAAAUUCUAUCACGAUAUCAAGCAAACACCCAGUGGUUCUAUUGGUGGACAGUGGGUUGACAAAGAAACUGGUAUUGACCAACUUUACCCCUUGGCUAAUAUUGAUUCAUACUUGUUUGAGCCAUGUGGUUAUUCCAGUAAUGGAUUAUGGGAAGACCGUUAUUUCACUUUUCAUGUUACACCUGAAGAUGAAUGCUCUUACGCCUCUUUUGAAAGUAAUAUACCCGUAGAGAAGUCGCAUGCAAACAUGGGCGAACAAAGCCCCAUUGAAGCUUUGAUUACUCGUGUUUUAGACAUUUUUGAUCCAUCUUCAUUUACCGUCACUUAUUUUACAUCCCAUCAUAAGGAACAUCAUAGUCACAGCCAAAUGGUCCGUUCUAUGACUUUAUUGAAUGGCUAUAAGCGUACAAACAGAAUCUUGUAUGAAUUUGACGGUUAUGAUUUGGUUUACGGUCAUUACGCUAAAUAAAAUUAAUGGUGAUACGAAACUCCCUUCUAAUCUUUUGGUUUAAAUUGGUUUGUGCAACAUGUAUUGUAAAAGAUCCACUCCAAUUUCUCCUCUUUCCGAACUUGUUGCCCUAUUUAAACGAGCUUU